AGCACAAAAUUUCACUAAAGUGUUGUCUUGUAUUAUACAAAACACGGAGAAGAAUGAACAGGAAGUGAACUUUAAGGUAGUGUAAAUUAAAUGAAAAUUCGUGCUUUUUCAAGAAAUAUGCACUUUAUAUUCCCAAAAGUUGUACUAAAUAUAACAAGAUUCCCAAUAACGUAUAAUAACAGUGAAUCCAGUGAAUAUUAAAGACCCGAAAACAAUGGAUCUCAUUGGUGACGAUCGUGUUUAUGCCGCGGAGAGAAUUACCAGAAAAAGGAUUCGAAGGGGUGUUGUUGAAUACCUGGUAAAAUGGAAAGGCUGGAGUCAAAAGCAUAACACAUGGGAACCAGAAGAAAAUAUAUUGGAUAACCGUCUAAUAGAACUAUAUGAACAAAACCAUAAACCAGAUGGGACAUUGAAAAGAGGUCCCAAGAAAAAACAUCACCAGACAGCUACUCCUGCUGCAGUUGCUGAAGAUACUGAGGAUGAUGGUGCUAGGAGUGGGGAGGAAAGUCAAGAUGAAGGUAUAUCUGAAGCUACACCAGUACCUUCUGCCCCUGUACCUAAAGGAAAGAAUAAACAUGAAGCAGCUGCUCGUCUUGAAGAUGAUAAUACUCGGACUGGUUCUGAAGAAACGACAGAAAAUACAGCAACACCUGCAUCCGACCCUGUUGAAAAUGAAAAUUCAAAUAGUUCCAGUAGCGAAGACAGGACACCACUAUUGGCAAGAAUGGAUACAGGAACUAAAAGGAAAGCCGAAGUGUUAUCCAAAGAAAGUGGAAAAAUAGGCGUUACUAUAACUACUAGUCCGACUAGUUCCAGUCCACCUCCCGCAAAAACUCCUAAAUUGACCUCCAAGCAAACUUCUGCAACAUCGAGAACAAGUGAUAAACAAGGUUCAAAGAGUGAAGAAGAAACUUCAGCAAUACCCUCAGCCUCUAGUCCAGCUGUAUUGACAGCUACAGCGCCUAGAACAAGUACUGAUAAGAGGCAGGUACCAGCAGAUGCCACAUUACCACAUUCUUCUAUUAAAGAACCCGCAUCUCCGAAACCAGUAGCAUCACGAACUGAUGAAAAAAGGCCUGAUAAAAAAGUAGAAAUAAAGUCAGAGAAUGGACCUAUGGAAGAAAAACCUAUAGCUGUUAAUGGUCAUAAUAAUACUAACAAUAACAAUGUUUCUAAUGAUUUGCCAGCUCUCACUAGUCCAGGUUCGGAUUAUUGGUUGGCAAGGAAUCCAGUAGCUGAUCAAGUGUUUAUAACUGAUGUCACAGUUAACCUAAAAACAGUGACUAUUCGGGAGUGCAAGACUGAAAAGGGAUUUUUCAAGGAUCGUGACAACAAAAGUCAUCCGAGUGAUAUUGUAUGAUUUGAUUUUUCGAUUUUGAUUACUGUAGUUGGUGAAAAAAAUUGAUGAAUGGGAAAAUUAAUAGAUUAGUUAAUUGAAAAAGAAGGAACUCCAAUGAUAAUCGUAGGUAAUUACAAGUGAGAUUGGAUUAAUGCCAUUUUAUUCAAUUUUUUGACUUUGUUGAAGCAGUACUAAACAAUUAUCUUGUCUUUUAUUAAAUAUUUUUGUAGGUAAUAUUACACCAAAGAUAUUUAAAUGAAUAGUGUAUCCUACUUUAGCAAAUGUGAUAUUAAAAAACAAAUUUGAUUUAGAGACAGUACUGUGUGUGGAAGUUUAGUGUACAUAUGGUAUUUUUUUAAAUUUAUACUUGGUAAUUAUUGAGAAAAUACUAGAAAAACAUAUAGUUAGUAUGCUUGUUGAUUAUUACAAAGUUUAAUAGUUUUUUUCCGAAAAAUUAUUACAUAGUUGCAUUUUUCCAUAAAUUUUUAAAUAUCACAAUUAACUACCACCAAUGAAUUUUCUAUAUAUUUCCAUAAACUUUACAUAUAUGUUCUCGAUCGAUUCUCUUCACUUAACUACAGUCGAGUAUAUUUUUUUACAUACUUUGAUGAUGUUUGUACAGGGUAGCUCUUUUUGUUGGAGCAUUAUUUAAUUCUAAGAAUUUUUUGUUCUCGCGAGGUAAAUAGGUACAUAUAAUAAAUGCUGGUGCUAAGUUGAAAUUAGUACUAUAUACGAUAGGGUGGGUGAAAAUUGAAUUUUAUAACAAGUCACAUGGAAAAAUGUGUUGCAUCACAUCUUAAAAAAGUCCUCACCAAAUACGUACUCUUAAUUUUAAUAGGAUAAAAUUAAGCACUCAAAAGAUAUCAACCUUUCAUGAGUAUUGAUUUUAAGAGUAAAUUUAAUUUAUGUUCAGAUGUUACCAAAAUUUAUGAUAAUUAAAUGUUGUGAAUACUUUACUUUCAUCUACUUCUAACAUUUUCAUAAUUCAGUUUAUUUGGGUUAUUAGAAAGAUUUCUCUCCGGGUCUUUUUUGAUUUAAAUAUAUAUCUUAAAUAUUAUCAUCAAAAAGUUUUAAUGAUUUACAAUGUACAAUAUCAAAUAAUGAUUGAAGUCCAUUCUGAAUUUUUUUUAUUCCUUCAGUUAAUCCACUAGUCGGAAUCUAGUUAUUUUUAUGCAGUUUGAUAACUUUAUCAGCUGCAUUUUUAGCACUUUGAACAUUUUGAGCUUAUCAAAAAAGAACUUACACUGUUGGCAACUUACGUUUUGAAAUUUUUUUUCAUGGGUGUUUCGAUCAAAUGAAUUUCCUUAUCCAUAUUUUCAAUAAAUAUCAUAUAAAUUCGAGUUGCAAUCGCAAAAUUUGGAAAUUAUUGAUCAUUUUAUCAAAUAUACAUGAUCAUAAGUUGUAGGAACACUAGAAAUGCUGAAGAAAAUGUAGACAAAAACAGACAUAACUAUAAAGAAAAAUGUAGGUGACGCUAGUUCUCAAAGAAAACAGAAGUAAUGAAAUAUGCAAAGAAAAUUCCAUAGAGAAGAAAUUUGACCUAGGACAAUAUCUCCAGCUAUAGUGGAAACAUUUUUAAACACUUUAUUGAAAACAAAUUAUCGUUAUUUCUAAUGAUUAAAAAUAAAAUGUUUAGAAUUAUUUAAAACAAAUUGAAAACUCAAAUAAUACUUAAUGACAAAAAAAAGAAAUUUAUAUAACAUUCAUAAAUUAAAUGGAAAUUUUUCGAUGACUUUAUUAAAAACUCUCAAAAUCAGUACACAUGAAAGUUUGAUAGUUAAUAUCUUUUGAACGGUUGAUUUAAUCACCAAAACAUAAAAUAUCAUUGUUAUAAAAUAUAAAAUUGUUAUUGGGCAUUUUAUAAUAGUCAUUUAUUAUCGAGUUAUGAAAUUCAAAAACAAAAAUGAAGUUUGACUUAAAAUUAUCUAACUUAAAUCUUCAAUAUCAUUCAAAUGGUGAGGCUUAUGGAAAAAAUAUAAGAUACCUUUUUUGUAGAGCAUUAAAUUUCCUAUAAAAUACUUCAAGAACAUUUUUCUGUACAAUCAAUUAAUGAUAAGGUAUUCAUUGAGAUUAAAAAAAAAAUUUGCGUAGGAUCUUCCUAUUAAAAUUGAGAGCUCGUAUUUGGUAAAAUUUUUUAAGACUGUCUUAUUAAAAAAUGAAACGUUAUUUGUCUUUAGAGACUGUCUUCUUUAAUUACAAAGCAUCAUUUAUUUGUAGGGACAAAAAAACAACUAUAUUGAAGAUAUAAUAAUAAUAUGAUGUUAAAGGUUUUUAGAAGAAGUUUACACCAACAUCACCAACUGCAGUAAUCAAGCGGUUUGGUUUGUAGUUGGAGUUGGACUGAUAGAAGUUAGUCGUUGUCCAGUUGAUGAAUAGAUAAAUCACAUAAACUUGAAUUCAUAGGGUUUAAGCAGAAAAUUUCUCAAAUCUAAUUACAUUUAAUAUUUUUCAUGAAAAAAUCUAAUGAUAAAAAUUCAGUAGAAAUUGUACUCUUUUCACAGUAAAGAAGGGAAGUGCUUUUAAGAUAAAUAACACUAAGUCAACUAUACUAAUGGUCAAUUUUUGGACUAAAAACUAAUUGAAAUUGUUUUUUUUAUGGUUGCUUUAUCCUGGGUAUUUUUCAUAGAAUUAUCUGCCCUUGACUAGCACUGCAAUUAUUCUAACUGUAAACAUUUCUGGAAAGUUUCUUUCGCACUUGCUUUUAUCUGCUCUAUUGUGAACUUCUUAUCUUAUCAAGAAUGGUGUCGAAACUUUUCCCAGCAUAUAUGUAGUUGAAAUAUCCUCGUACUUAUUGGUCCUAAUUAUCUGUAGUAUGGUUUUACAUUGAACUAAUUUAUAAUAUUUUAUUGCCGUAUGCAACAAUUUAUUUCUAAAGUUCAUAUGUGUGCCAAUUUACAUCUUGAAGCAGUAUUUUAUUUCUAUUGACAAAAACAUGUUAAAAAUGGUUAGAGAUUUUGUGGUGUCUUUAUUCUCAUUUGUAUCCUAGUAAUGUGCUUUUGAAUUAAAUUUGAAAACAAUUUGUUUAUAAAUAACUAAGUGGAUGAAACGAAAUUAUGCAUAGAUAGUUAGGUUCGAGCUGUGAUAAAAAAUUCUUUUUUCAGUAAGACUUUCAUAUGCUCCGUUAUGGUAAUAAAUGUAAUCAUCAAUGUGGAUGUAGACAAACAAGAACACUCUGGUACUCAAAAACUCAUAAAACAAAAGCGAUUUGUGGCGUGGAGCAUUGUCAUGAUAAAGAAUGAAGCUAAUACCCCAUUUUUCGGUCCUCUUUUGUGGCAAAAGUACUACAAUCGCCUCUUCGAACAAGUUGGUUCAAUUUUUGCACUUUUUUGAGAUUGAACCCUCAUCCACUUGUAAACAGUUUUUGAAAUUAUUUCUAAAGAUAGAUUUGAAUAUUUUGUGUGCUGCUUUGGUAUUUUUUGUACUUAAUUCAAUGCAUUGCUCAAAAUUCAUCGGGAGAUCCGAUCUCAAUAAAGCGGUUAUAGUAGUGGACUAACAAGCCGGAACUGGUUCAAAUUGGUAAUCGCUUAGUCUUUUUUAAUCACAACUCGUACAUUACAUUUGAAAGUCACUGGAAAUUUGUUUCAAUUUCUCAAGUUGAAACAAAAUAAAUGUGUGUUUAUAAUCAAAUUGUGAUUACUCAUGGAAAUGAAAAUUUGACUCCUAGUACUUCAAUAAUUACAUGAAAUAAAUGUUUUAUAAUAAAAAAAUUGAUACUUUUUUAAAAUAACUACAUAAACACAGAUCAUUGAAACGAUUAUCAAAAUCUAGUGGUUUAUAAUUAUUCAUAAUAUUAGGAAUUUAAAAUUUUCCUAAAUGUCAUCAUAUUACCGGAAUUUAUGAAUUUUUAUUUCUCAUGGUAAUUGUGUACAUGAAGUCUCAUACCAUUUUAAUUAAUAAUAUUAUUGAUAUUUUUUUUUAUACUAAUAGUUCAUUCACAGCUUCAUAGAUUAUAAAUCAUUCCAUAUUUUUUUAAUGUAAAUAUUGUAAAUUAAUUUUAAUGUAGUGUUUAAGGCUCGUUUCAGAUGUUCCUGAAAAAUUAUUUACAGAAAAUAGAAUAUGUACAAGAUUAUUCAAUUAAUUUAAUAAAUAUAUAUUGUCCUGACAAUAUUAUUAACAACUAUAUCUCCAGAAAAAGUGUAGCUUACUUUAUUGUACAAUAAUAUUUGUCUUAAGAGGAUUUUUGUAAGAAAAAAAUGCUUUUCAUCAAGAUGUGAUUGAGAGUAAACAAAACCACUGAGCAGUAGGAAGAUCACACCAUGAAUUUCCUAUCUUUGCUUUCUUACAAUUACUUCCAUAUGUUUGCCUUUUUAAAUUUUAUUUGCACGAAGCUGAUUAAUUUAUUAUAUUUUAAAAUAAUUUUCCAGGAAAAUCUCUGUAUUUGUUCUUUAAGGUUAAAAUUUUCUUCAGUACCUUUCAAUUGUUAAAUUAUUUAUUUUAAAUGUAAGUUAAUUUAUUUAUAAUUACGUACUAUUUUCAGUCUAUUUAUACAUACGAAGACAAAAUUUAUGUUAUUAGUUUUCCUUUUAAGGAAUAGAACGCUAGUCGUAGUAAACGAGAUAUUAGGGACUAUAUAACUUAUCAACAAUUUUAUUUUAUCAGUAUUAACAAUACACAAUAAUUUUAUUAUUAUCAGUUACAAAUUCAGUUUAUACUAAUCAAAAAAUAAAUUAGGACAGGCAGUUUAGAUGUUCUACGGUUUAGGUAUGAAGUCUUCCUUUGAAAAGUUCAUAGUUGGGGGUGAUAUGCACGCCAUUAGGCUUGCACAACCCUUUGAAUCUUGUAAAUGUCAGUGCUGGACACUCACCCCUGACGUGGUUUGAAGCUUCUUCCUCCUUCAUGCACCAACGUCUUUCUAGAUCGUAUAAUACUUAUAUCAAAGAUAUGGGAUCUUAGAGGACCUUGUCUGGUUUGAAGGCCAGUGACCAGUCGAAGUUUGCGCCUGCUAAGCAGAUUAGUUUAAUGUGUAAGAGUGGCACAAGGCCCUUCUAUGUGUACCUUGUCUCAUAUCAGGUGUUUCUAUCUAUCCUUUCAUUCAUUAAGUUUUUUGAUAUAAUUUCAAAAAUGUUUUAAAAAAGUUAAUUAUAUUUGACACAUUUGCUGGUUUUAAUAAACUGGUAAUUGAGGUUUUCCUGAAAUUUUUCGUAUCUUAGUAUUUCUCAACCGUUAGUUUCUCUUGUAGUAAAUAAAUAGUAUACACUGAGAUAAAAGUUUCUGCCAAUUACAAAAAAACACAGACGGUAUGAAUUAGUUAUUGUCAAUCAUACUAAAAUAUGUAAUACAUGCCUUGGAUCCAGUUUCUUAAGCUUUUCACAUAAAAUUUUUGUAAGAUUUAAUAUGUACUAGGAAAACCAAAUAACCAAAGAUAAUAUACCAUAUUUUUGCUUUUGUAAGUAAAAAUUGGCCACAAAGGAAAUUUAUUUAUUACUAGCUGACUCAACAAUCGUUUAUGAAUAUUGAAUUCAAAUUGGUAUAACUAUUAAAAAAAUAUUAAAAAAAAAUUUUAUUAUCAUUUUAAUGGUUUAUGUUAUACAAAAUUCUUAGUUUUUUUCUAUUGUUGCUAGUCCUACACAUGAACAGGCGACAUAUAACUGGCUUUGUAAAUAACCUGGAUUUUCAAAAUUAAUGCCAUGUAUGUACUAACUUUAAUAUAUUUCCAAGCUUUCGAAUUUUGAAUUAUACGUGACUUACGCCCGCCGAAUUAAUCGGAUAAUCGAAAAUUGCUUGAGUUAGAUUAGUUUAGGUAGUGGCGAAUAUUUUAUUUCAAUUCUAAUUCAUGUUACGACUUUUCCGAAACAGCUAUACUGGAUUCUGGCGAAUAUUAAACUCUUAGGAUGUGUUGUGGUUCUUUUAUAAAGGCAACGACACCACGAGGUCGUUCACGUCGCGUUGUGACUAUUUAAAACGGUCACUGGUUGUUUUCGUUCUUCGGUUAUAAUAACAAAAAUGUUCGUAAACUCCCUAAUGGACCAGACAUGCUAUCUUUGCCGAUUAUGAUGCGUGUUUUCUUGUUCAGUUUACAAUCACCAGUUUCAAAAAUUUAAUUCUCAACAAAAAAAUUCGAUUUAUUUUUUUUCCUAAAUUUUGUUGCCAUCAUUAAAUUUGAUCUCUUUUUAUUAAGAUCUGGAAUAGGUUGAUGAACUUCCAGUCCUAACAUUUGAAAACUUAGUAGUUGAUCUAUUCUAUUAGAAAAUUGUUGAUUUGUACUGAAAAUGGAAAAAAACUUUCUAUAUUGUAUGUAUAAAUAUGUCUGACAGUCAUUUAAUUGUGAAUCAUUUAAAUUAUUUGACGAGUUUUGUGUUACAAGUUUAAUUUUAUAAUGAAUACUAAAAAAGAAAAA